AUGUCAAAGAAAGAGCAAAAGAAGCAAUAAAAUAGAAAAUUUGGAGAAAAUCGUACAUCAUCAUCUCAACAUCCCUAAAUCAUCUAAGGAAGACAGGUACCAUCUGGCCAAACUAAAUAAUAAAAUGGCUAAUUUAUUAAUGAUAAAAUUUAGAGGAAUUAGAAGGAUCAUUAAAAUUAAAAUGAAGAGGUUAACUUUGAUCAUCCUGAAUCAUCAGAAGAAAGCGAGCAAUUAGAGAUCUAGUAAAAAGUACUGAAGGAGCAUUCAUUUACUAAUAAUAUUGAAGAUUAAUAUGGAUAAAUCAAAGAUGAUGGAAACUAAGCAAGCAAAAUUCCAUAUAAAAACGAAAAUUUUUAAUGA